GCCGGGUCCCACACGGGAAUCUGGGGGGAGCGCAUCUACACGAUCUCGCAUUCGAGCAUGGAGAACCGCAGCUUCCUCGCGUGGUCUGACGAGGAGGGGAAGCCUCGGGGCAGCUUGCGGCUCGGGCUCGAGCCGCUCUUGGGAGAGAGCAACAGCGAGGAGCUCACCAUCUCGCUGGAGCACGAUGGCCGCAAGCACAG